UUGACCAAAAGCAAAAGUGUCUCUCUGAUUGUCUAUUAAAUCAUCUUCAUAAUUGUAAUCAAUUAAUUGAACAAUUAAUUCUUUGUCAUCAGUGAUUGAAUAACUAUCGUUGGAAUGUUUAAAUCUAUUUUUAAUUAGAUUGUGUUAAUAGUGGAAAUUAAUUGGGUGAUGACCAAACAUCUAAACAAAAGUCUAUCACCAAGAAGCAAUUGAAAAGCUUUUGGUUCAUAAUGUUAACCGGUUAAAGUGAAUAAUGUUUAUCUCUUGUUUCAUUGAAUUAAUUGUUCCUUUUAAUUACAAUUAAUUUUCACUUUUCACCGAUGGAUCAACAUUCAAUCAACACACUAAUUAACAGUUUUAUUUCUCCCGGACACAAGAAUGUUCAGUCCAUCUCUGUUGGUUUGUUCCAAGAAUGUGUCAUUACAAAGCGAAUACUGACUUUGGUUGAAUACCAGCAGAACUAUGGGUUACUUGUUAUCAACCGAUGUGACAAUCAGAUUGAUAAAAAUAAGCAACAAUUAACGGUUGAUUUUGUGUUACCAAUUGACGAUCGAUUUAAGUGUGAAUUUGGUUCUUCCGGUAUUGAUACUGAUUCUGGUGACAAUAUUUUAGCCAAAAUUAUCCAUGGGAAGGAAAAGUUCAUCAUUGAAUUAAAAUACACUGAAGUAAAUCGUCAUUUUUUCGUUGAAACCAACAAAGCUCAAGAUGUUUUUCUGUGUAAAACUAGCCCUUCAUUUGACUGGUUAUAUCGAUCCUAUGAUCCAAGUGUAACACCAUCGAACUCAGAAGACCAUUUAUCAUCUCAAAUUGCUCAAAAAUUGUACUUAAAAGAAGGAAUGAAUUCUAUAACAAAAAGUAACACCAAAACCUCUAUUGACCUGACCAUUUCAACGGAAGCCUUAAAUACUCUUCAACUGUCUAACAAUUCGACGACAAUUCCAACCACAAACACCAAUAUGACAAUACCACCAUCUUCGACACCAACAACUGCUCAUGGUGGAGAUAAUCGAAGUGGAAAUGGUAAAAUUGGAAAAAGUAAUUUCUACGUUAAUGAAAUUGAAUCUCCUGAUGAUCUUUCCAAUAUUCCUCGAGAUAUGGUCGCCAUGGGUGUCACCCCACUUGCUGCUCGUGAGAUUAAUAUACGUCUCAAGAUGGCCAUGUUAGAAGAUCAAUAUACCGAAUUAAAGUCAUUCAAUAUUUUCAUUGGUUCCUGGAAUGUGAAUGGACAAAAUUGUUCAGUUUCAUUGGGUGAAAAUUGGCUCGCUUCCGAUGCAAAUCCACCAGAUAUUUAUGCAAUUGGUUUCCAAGAAUUAGAUCUUUCAAAAGAAGCCUUUGUUUUCAAUGAUUCAACUCGAGAAGAUGAAUGGCUACAAGCAUGUACUCUUAGCUUACAUCCUAGUGCUACUUACGUUAAGGUUAAACUUGUCCGUUUGAUCGGGAUGAUGUUAAUUGUGUUUGUUAAACGAGAGUUAGAAGAGCACGUUUCAAAUGUGGCCUCCGAAACAGUGGGAACCGGUAUACUCGGUAAAAUGGGUAAUAAAGGAGGAGUUGCCAUUAGAUUUGAUUUCUACAAUACAUCAAUGUGUUUUGUUAAUUCUCACCUCGCCGCUCACGUUGAAGAAUAUGAAAGACGAAAUCAAGAUUACAAUGAUAUCUGCAAUCGAAUGAUUUUCAGUCAAUUUAAACCUCCAAAAUAUAUUAAAGAUCACGAUCAAGUCUACUGGUUUGGAGAUUUAAAUUAUCGUCUUAUGGAUCUAAAUCGUGAUCAAGUUAAGAAUAUGUUAGAAGCCAAAGCAUUUGAGGAAUUAUUAAAACACGAUCAACUUCGUGAUCAAUGGAGAUUGAAACGAAUCUUCCAUAAUUUCAAAGAAGGACCAAUUAAACAUGCACCAACCUACAAGUAUGACCCGGGAACCGAUAAUUGGGAUUCGAGUGAAAAAAACCGACCUCCUGCUUGGUGUGACCGUUGCUUAUGGCGAGGUGAUUCAAUCGCUCUGUUGGACUAUCGAUCUCAUUCACGUUUAAAGCUAAGUGACCACAAACCAAUAAGUGCACUUUUUGAGUCUUCGGUUAAGGUCAAAAAUUCAGUCAAGUUCCGUAAAGUUUAUGAAGAUGUAAUGAAGAAAAUGGAUAAAAUUGAGAAUGAAUUUUUACCUCAAGUUUCCGUUGACCAAAGUGAACUUAACUUUGGACGUGUUACCUUUCGUGAACCUGUUCGUCGUUACUUAUCAAUUGCCAAUACUGGACAAGUUCCAGUUCGCUUUGAAUUUAUUCAGAAACCAAAUGAGGUUCGUUUCUGUAAAGCCUGGUUACAAAUUCAACCCUACGAAUCAAUGAUUAAACCAGGAGAUAAAUUAGAUGUUGAACUGAAGGUUUAUGUGGACAUUGAAUCAUCUCAACGUUUAAAUUCUGGUCUCGAAGAGAUAUAUGAUAUUCUGGUGCUACAUUUAGAGGGAGGCAAAGAUUUAUUCAUUGAAAUUAAAGGUUCCUAUAAACCAUCAAGCUUUGGCUCUUCAAUUGAAACUUUGGUUCGGCUGAAAACUCCGAUUGAUGAAAUGCCAGCCAAAGACUAUCAUGAGCUUCAACAGGCCGGUGAACUUUCAUCGGCACCCAUUUCAUGGGGAAUACCCAAAGAGAUCUGGCUUCUGGUAGAUCACCUAUUCAAAUAUGGCCUCAUGCAAGAAGAUCUAUUUCAACAACCCGGUUUGAAUACCCACUUUCAAAUAAUCAGGGAAGGGCUGGACAAGGGCUCCCUUGAAGGUUUUGCAGCUUCGAUUCAUUCAGUUGCUGAAGCGCUGUUGAUAUUUUUGGAAGCUCUUGCAGAACCAUUGAUUCCCCACAGUUUAUAUAGUCGAGCUCUUGAAAAUUAUCACAAUUUCAUUUCUUGUAAACAGGUAAUCAAUGAAAUGAAAGAUACUCAUCGGAGAGUUUUUUAUUACCUGAUCUCGUUUAUGCGUGAAUUGUUACGCCAUUCAAAAUACAAUAAUCUUGAUAACAAAAUCUUAGCAUCAAUAUUUGGUGAUAUCGUAUUGCGAGCUCCGGUUAAUCAAUCAACAAAUUCAUCAAAAGGAGCUCAUUCUAACAGUAUUCAAGAAAUUGAGAAAAAGAAAGCUGGUUUCAUUCAUCAUUUUCUUGUCAAUGAUUUUGAUCCUUGAGAAAUUAAUUUAUCGUAAAUUUUUACUUCGAAACUGUGUCAACAAUUAGUUGGUUGGAUCUUAAAAGCGUUUUAUCAACUUUAGGUUAACCUUCAACUUAAUUUGUUUAUUUUUCCAUCAAUUAAACAAAUUGGAAUGAAAAUUAAAACGGAAAUUAAACUACA